AUGGAUCCUCUCAGCAUCACCGCCGGCGCUCUUGGUAUCACAGAAUUCGCUCUAUCCAGCAUUCACCAUCUUCGUGAAUUAAUCAAGGGCCUUGAAGAAGCGAACGAUGUGGUACAAGAUGUGGUAUCUAAUCUAGGGGCCAUACAGCAUUCGCUUUCGGCCCUGAAGGAUCUCCAGAUGUCUAAUAACGUAAUAUAUGUUGACACGAAAGAGGACCUGAAAAAGACUGGCGUCGCUGAAGCCGUGAACAAAUGCGGCCAGGCAUGCGCGGAUUUUUCAAACAAACUUGAGCAGUGGACGAAGCAUUCCAGCACUACGAAGCUUUCCCUGAGGGAUCGACUGACGAUCGGUUUAUGGAACAAAGAGAAAAUCCAGACAUUCAGGACACAGGUCCAUUCUUGUCAAGCCAUCGUCCACUUUGCUAUCGACAGCGCUACUUUAAUGAUUUUGACCCGAUCAGAAAAUACGUCUAAGACUGCAUGGCAGCAAACAGAAAAGCAACUACGAGUUCUUGGAACUGCUGUUCAGGAACAUAUGGAAAUCACGCAGAGAAAGCAAGGCGAUGCUUUGCAGCGCAAGAACGAACUUGAAAGCCCAGAGGACGAAAGUGAGGACGACGACGGUGGCGCUCAACGCACCUUGGCCAUCCAAGAGAUCGACGAAAGAUUACGCUUACUGGAAGCCGACCAAACCGCCUCCAAGGUUGUUUCCCAUUCAAUCUCGAAGUUGUCUAUCCGAGAAGUUGGCAACGCACACAGCACGUAUAAUACCACAUUUUCGGGCGACAACAAAGGCAUACAGAUCGCCCACAGCACAGCUCCGAUCAACUGGAAUGGCAGUCGUACCUGA